AUGCCCCUCUCAAACCCCACAAACACCGACCGCCCAACACCAACCAUCACCCCCGACUCCGCAAGCCUCCACCUAGGCAGCUCAAUCAUAAUCAACGCUCCCUCAACCCGAGUCUGGGAAGUCCUCACCGACACAUCAACAUGGCCAAGCUGGAACUCCUUCGUACCACGCGUGACAAUCCGCUCCCAACCCAACACAGACACAGCGCCCCUCUCCCCAAUUUUGCAAAAGGGCACAAGAGUAACCUUCCACGUCCGCAUGGAUCCAACCUCGACAAAACCCCAAGCCGCCACAGAUGCCGGCCUAGUCGUCACAGAAUACGAGGCGCCGAAUACGGAGACCGGGGCGCUGGGCCGAAUUGUCUGGGCGUCGGAUUUUGAGGCCGUGGGGACGAUGCCGGGUUCGCUUUUGACGGCUGAGCGCGUUCAUGAGAUUAAGGAUGUCGAGGUGGAGGGUGGAAGGGGGACGGAGGUGAGAAAUUGGGAGUUGCAGGUUGGGUGGAUGGUUUGUGUUGUUAGGUGGAUGUAUGGGGCGAAGCUGAAGGUUAAUUUUGAUCUUUGGGUUAAGGAUUUGAAGGCGUUUGUUGAGGGUGGGAAUGGGGGAGGUGGUGGUGGUGGGGAUGAGUAG